AUGUACAGAAAUUAUGAUCCAACUGCCUCGCCAGCACUUUCACACUAAUCGCAGGAUGAUUACGAAUAAAAAAUCAAAUAACUGCUGAGAGCUAAUGAUAAACUUGUAUGUAUUGAACUCAUUAUUAGAAUGCUGUUGUUAGAGAAGCACUCGCUGAGAAUGAAUAGCUAAAGGGAAACAUAGAUGUGCUCUACAAAGAAAAUAAGGAUCUUAACUAAGUCAACAUUGAACUAUGUGAUUAACUUGAAAAAAUAAAAAGAAAUACAAGAUAACAUUCGAUGCAUGAUAAGACUAUAAACGAUUAUGAAUAGGAAAUCACAUAGCUCAAAUUAUUGUUACAAGAAAAAUAAAAAGAGGUUAACUCUUUUAAAAUAAGAUAUAAUGAAGACUUACAAAUAAAAUUAGAUAUUGUGGAUAAAGGAAUUAAUGUAAGAUAUAUAUUAAAUAUAUAUUAGUCUAAUAAAUUGAAAUAAUUAGAGGAGUAAAACUAAUAAUUGAUAUAGGAAUUAGAUUUGAUAACCAAAAGACUAUUAGAGAGAGAUAAUGCUUAAGGGAAUGUUGAUUAUGAAGAAUUAUUGAGAGAAAGAGAUUAAGAAAUAGAAAUUCUAACUUAAUAAAUCAUCCAAAUUUCUAAUAAUAAAUAAGUCAAACAAUUUGAUCCAAGUAGCGACAAGAAAUAAAUAACUGAGACUGAGGAAUAUUAUGGCUAAAUAAUAAAAGAAUUAUAAGAGAAAAUCGAAUAAUUAAGAAUAAUAAUUAUAGAGAAAGAUGAUUAAUUGAAUUAAGGUUAAAAUCAAAAUGUGCUAAUUGAGAUGGAAACAUUAUAAGUUUAAUUGGUAUAAUACAAAAUAGAAAUAGAAGGAUAUAAAACUAGGAUGUAAUAUAUUCAAAACGAAUUAUCAGAGAAGGAUCAUUUGAUUGAAGACUUAUAGAAUAUUAUUAAAGAUUUAACCAAAAAACUUUAAAAUAAAUAAACAAAUGAUAAUUAGAAUCCUAAUUAACGAAAUCCAGGAGAAGCAACAAAAAAUGCUGCUGAUGUCUUCUAAGAAGAUGAAGAUAAUUAAGACAAUUCUGAUUAGAAAGAACAAAAUGAGAAAAAGAAAAAGAAACACAGCUUGGAAGGAGCAAAAAAAAAAGAUGAUGAAGACUCAACUAAAGAACUUUAGAAAAUUAUUGCCAAUUUGAAAGCAGAAAAUUAAAAACUGUAAUAAGAAUUGAAUUAAGCAAUGUUCAAAAUAAACCAAUAAGAAGCUCUAUUAAAUGAAUAAGACAAGCAAUUGAGUUUACUGGAGUUAAGAGAAAAAGAAAUUAGGCAAUUAAAGGAUCAGUUAAACAAAUAAUAUAAACUAGAAUAAGAGAAUAAAUAAUUAGAAAAGAAAGUUGGAGAGUUAGAAUUAAAAGUUUAAGAUUUAAUGCAUGAAGUUGAAAACCACGACUCUGAUAACAAACUGAAUUAGAAAAGUUAAUAAAAGAAAGAGGCUGAAUACUAAAAGGCACUCUAAAAAUAAAAGGAUGAACUAUUAGCUAAUUAAAAGAAGAUAGAUUAAAUCAAUAAGCAAAUGCAAGAUGAAAUUAACUUUUUCGAAGAUUAAAUGAAAGAUCUACAAGAAUCUCUUAAAGUAAAAGAUCAAGAAGUUAAGAAACUCUAAGAAUAAAUUAAGGAGCUAACUAAAGCCUUAGAGAAGAGCAAUGCUCAAAGUGAUCAAAUUGAAAAGUUGCAUUAAGAAGCUAAUUCUUAAGCAUAACAAUUAGAGGAGCUUGAAUAAAAGGUCUAAUCACAAGAGUAUGACAUCAAGACUAAAGAGCAGGAAAUCAAGAGACUUAAAGAAAAGAAUAGGGAUUUGCAAUUAUACUAAUUAAAACUAAAAGAUUAUGAAGAGAAUAUUAAUAAAUUAAAAGAAGAAAUCGAUAAACUUAAUUAGAUUGACAAGCAAUAAUAGGAAGACAUUUACAAACUAGAGUAGAGUAAUAAAACUAAGGAGUAUUAGUUAACCAAAUACUAAGAAUAAACCAGAGAAAUGACUAAUAAAGUAAAGGAGAUAAAUGAAGAAAAAACUGUUGAAAUGAGAAAAUACUUGAUACAGAAUGAAGAGUUAUAGGAACAAAUUAGAAUUCUUGAAAUUGAAGUUAAAAAGCUAUAAAGCAAUAUUUAAGGUAAUUAAAGAACUCCAGAAAGAACAACAAAGUUAUAAUAGGAAUUGGAUGAGUAAUAUGACAAAUUAAAUUAAUAAAUAGGAGAAAAUGGAGAUCUUAAAAUUUAGAUAUAACAUCUUUAGACAUAAAUCAAAUUAAAAGAUUAAGAUGUUAAGAAGUUAUAAGAAAAACUAUAAGAAGUUUAAUAAGAUUAAAACAAAGCAAAUGAUUUAAUUAAGGAAAUUCAAGAACUAAAUCAAUAGAUAAGUAAACUUGAAUAAAGUAAUAAGUAACUCUAAGAUUAAAUUAACAAAUUAGAAAAUCUUAUUAAGUAAAAAGAUUAAUAAUUGAAAAACCAUGAACACGAAAAAGAAUCUUGGAAGGAUAACCUGACCAAUUUGGAAAACAAAAUUGAAGAACUUGAAACAUAAUAAAUAAGAGAAUUAUAACAGUAAGAUAAAUUAAAUAAAGAAAUUAUAAAAAAAUUAGAAAAUCAAUUAAAAUAAAAGGAACACGAAUUAAAAAAAUUGUAAGAUGAGAAUAGAUUAUAGUAAGAGAAGAUUUUGAGUUUGGAAUCAAUGGUCGAAUAAAUUAAUGAUUAAUACCAUACUUCUUAGCAGUAAUUAAAUGAAAUUCAAUUGAAAUUUUAAUUAACAAUCAGAGAAAAGGAAUUUGAAAUUACUAAAUUGAAAUAGCAAUUAGGCAGUCAGAAAUCUCCUGAAAUAUAAGCAGAAAUCGAUUAAUUACAUCAGUAAAUAAUUGAGAAGGAGACAGAAAUAAUAAAAGUGAGAGAAGAUACAUCAGAAUUGUAAUAAAAAAUAAGGAAUUAUGAAUUGGAUUUCAAAAAAUUAUAGGAAACCAUUAAAGAUUAUUAAAAAAAGUAAGAAAGAAUCUCUCAAUUAGAAAUCUUAAAUAGUGAACUCAAAAUAAAAGAUGAAACUAAUUAAGUUAAAAUUGAUGAUCAAAAUUCGACUAUAAAUAAUUUAGAUGCUAUUAUUUAAUCAAAAGAUUAAACUAUUAAGAAAUUGCAAGAAUAACAGAGAGAACUUACAAAAAAGGGUGAUUAAUUGAUCAAUAUAUAAAAGAAAUUGAUAGAAACUGAGUAGUAGUUAUAGGAACAUAUAGAGAACGAUCAUAUAAAUUAAGAAAGAAUUAAAUCUUUAGAGUAGUAAAUUUCAUUAAAGGAUUAAGAAUUGAAAAAAUUAAAAGAUCAAAUUAAGGAAAUUUAGAAAGAAAAUGAAAAGCUUUAAUCAAAAUAAACAGAGAUAGAAUAAUUAUAAUAAAAGUUAAUAGAAAAAUAAAAUAAAAUUGAAGACUUAGAAAAUUAGAUUGAAGAAUUAUUAAAAGAAAUAAAAAAGAAAUCCCAAGAAAAUUAACUUUUAGAAGAAAAGGCUUCUUAAUUGAAAAAGUUAGAAGAAAAAUAUAAAAAAUAAUCUAAUUUGGUUGAAGAGCUUAAGCAAAGUAAGGAAUAACUUGAAAAUAAAGUGAAAUCAUUGGAAGAGCAAAUUCAAAUAUAUGAUGAUGAAAAAUCAAGUUUAGAAAGAGAGGUUGAAUUGUUGAGAAAAAAAUUAGAGGAAGAAAAGAAAUAGUUUGAAAAUAAAUUAAAUUAAUAAGCAAAACAAAAGGAUGAAAUCAUUGCAAAAUUAAAGGAGAAAAUUGCAGAGCUAGAAAAAUUGGAGGCUCAACAUUUUGAAUUUACUUAAGAGGUUGAAGAUUUAAAAGAGGAGUAAAAGUCUAGAAAGAACAUAGAAUCAAAGCUUUAAACAGAAAAUAAUGUUUAUCAAAAGUAGAUUAAAUAAUUAGAAUAACAGAUCAAAUAAUUAUAAGAUAAAUUGAAAGAAGAGGAGGAAGCUAAUAAAUAAUUGUAAAAUGAUAUGGAUUAAACAAUGUUAAAUAUCAAAGUUAAAGAUGAUAUUAUAUAUAAGUUAUAAGAAUAAAUUAAGAAAUUAGAAACUUCUGUUAAAGAAAAAAAGGAGGAAAUUAAAAAGUUUAAAUAAGAUAUUUCAGAAAGAACUAGUCAGAUUUCAUAAAUAGAUUUGAUUGAUCGAGAAAAAGAGGAAUUAAAUGAUUAAAUUAGAUUAAAAGAAAAAGCAGAAGAAUCAUUAAAACAAACCAUCACAACGCUUUAACAAUAAAUCACAAAAUUAACAAAAUAAGUUUAAUAAUUGACUUAAGAUAAAAUAGAGCUUUAAUCAUAAAUAGAUGUAUUAAUUGAUGUAGAGAAUUAAAUAAAACUUAAGGAGAUUGAAAUAUAGAGAUUAAUGUAAAUAGAGAAUGAUUACAAUAGAUAGAAAGAAAAAAUUAAAACUUUGGACAAGACUAUUGCGGAUCAGAUUCAAAAAAUUAAAAUUUACUAAGAGUAUGAAAAAUAAACUAUUGAGUAAAUUAAAAGCUAUGAGCAAGAUUUAGAUGAAAAAGAACAAACCAUCCAAAAUUUAGAAUAAGAAAUUUCAAAGUUAAAGCAAUAAAUUGAGGAUUAUUAAAAACAAAUUGCUAAGAUUUCUAAGGAAAAAGAAACUGUAAAUCAAAAGGUUAAAUCAACAGAAGUAAAUUAAUAGAAGAAAUUGGAUUAAUUAGAGGAUGAAAAACAAGAAUUACUAAAUGAUUUGCAAUCAUAAAAUUCUUUAAUUGAAAAUUUAUAGAAUCAACUUAAAGAUCUUUAAGAAAACUAUGAUAAAUUGAAGAAAGUAGAGAAAGAAAAAGAAGAUAUUAAGAAAACAAAUGAUAACAUUGAAAAGAAAUAUAAAGAUUAAAUUAAGGAGUUAGAAAAAGAAAUUUAAAGGCUGAAAGAUGAAAUGAUUAGACAAGAGCAUAACACUUCAAAGGAAAUAGAAUAACAGAUUGAUAAAGCCUAGAAAUUAAAACAAUAAAACAGUUAAUUAGAAUAAACCAUUAAAAAUUUGUAAAAUAAUGAAAAGAAGCUAAAAUAAUUAGAGGAACAAUGUAAUUAAAUAAGUGAGAGAUCUCAAGAAAAGUUGAAUAAAAAAGAUUAAAUAAUAGAUGAUUUACAAAAGCAAAUAAAAGAUUUGAAUGAAUAAAUUAAUAAAUUGAAAAAAAUUCUAGGCACUAAUUCUUAAGAUGAGGAAGAUGUCAUUGAGGAUUUUGCAGAAGAUGUUGAUGUAGAUGAUAAUAAUAAAACUAAAAAGAAAUAUGAGAAGGAAUCAAAGAAUGAUAAAAAUGAUUAGAAAAACGAAUAGAAGACUGAAUAGAAAACCUAUCGCUAAUUGGAAAAAGAGAUUGAAAAAUUGACAUAAGAAAAUUAAAAUAAAACAUAGAAAAUAAAAGAAUUAGAAGAAUAGCUUAAGAAAAGUUAAGAAUAAAAUUAAAAGGAUACUUUAGAAAAAUAAUAAAAGAGUUAAAAAGAAAACGAUUAAAAUUAGACAAUAAAGAAAUAAGAAACAGACAUUAAGAAAAAGGAUGAACAAAUAAAGAAGUUAUAAGAGGAUAUUUAAAAAACAGAAAAAAAUAAUAAAGAGAAGGAAUAUUUAGAUUAAAUAAAAGUACUUAAAUAAGACAUAGAUAAAAAGUCUGAACAAAUUUCUAAGUUAUAAGAAUAGAUUCAAAAAUUACAAAAGGAUGUUAAUUCAUAGAAAUAAAAAGAUGAAAAAUAUAAUAAAACUGAAUAAGAACUAAAGAAGAAGGAUGAAGAAAUAUAAAAAUUGAAAGAAAAAAUAGAAAAAGAUUAAAAGGAAAAUAAUGAAAAAAAAUAGAAUGAAAAGAACCAAAAUGAUAUAAUUAAGAAACAUCAAGAGGAAAUCAAAAAAAAGGAUGAAGAAAAUUAAAAAUUAAAAGAGUAAUCUAAUGAUAACAAUAAAUUAAAAGAGUAGAUAACUAAAUUAGAAAAAGAGAAAUCUUAAACAGAUGAUAAGAUAAAAAAAUAAGAAGAUAAAAUAAAAGAACUUCAAAAAUAAAUUGAUGAUUAAAAACAAAAGACUCCAACAAAAAAUAGAGAAGAUCCACAAGGAAAUGAUAAAUAAGGACCAUCAGAUAAAAAACCAGGUUAAUCAAAUGAUGCAAAGCUUAAAGAUUAAAUCAGUAAAUUAGAGAAACAAAUUGAUGAACUAAAGAUUCAUAUUAUUUAUUUGGAAAGUCUAUUAAAGCAACAUGGUUAUGAUCCAAAUAAACUAAAACCAGGAAAGACAGAUCCUGACUCAAAAAAUUAGACACCAAAAAAAGAUGAUAAUAACAAUGAUUAUCCUGAUUUGUAGCAAGUCAAUGUUGUCAAUGUAAUAUUUUAAUAUAUUUUAUUUAGAUUAGAAGAUUGAUGGCAGAAUAUAAGUAUGAGAAGGAUCGUUAUGAGAACAAAGUAGUUCAAUACACUGAUGAAUUAAUUAAGCAAAAUAAUUUGGAAAAGGAUGCUGAAGAAAAAAUUAAAUGCCUUGAGGAUGAUCAAUUUGUUUAUAAUGACCCUGACAACCAAGAACCAAAAGUAUAUGUAAUAAAAAAUGAAGGAGGGUCGAAUAAAAAAGCUAAAUGAAUUCCAAUAUUUAAUAG